AUGGCGAAGCUGUGCCGGUUCGUCAAGCUGAACGACCGGUUCAACGCUCAGGUGUUCUCGUUCAUGUUGUCCGGCAGGAUUUUACGGGAGUUUACACCGGAUAUAUACUCAAAGGACUUUGUCUACGGCUACCAGAGAUGGAACGUCAGUUUCGUCAGAAGCGACCGGCACAUCGGCGCCUUCCUCCGGCUUCAGACGCCGUCUCAGGGUCUUCGGUGCCGGAUGGAUUUCUCUUUUACGGUGGUCAACAGGGACCACUUCACAAAAAAUGUAAGCUUUAUAGAAAAAAGUUGUGAAUUCACCACAGAGACGAACGUCUUCGGGCGAAAAACUUUCACGGAAAUCGACGAUCUGAUCAAACGUAACUUCCUACAGGAGAGCGGCGAGAUUCUCAUCGAGGUCGAGAUGCGCAACAUUCACAACAUCUACGAGUGCUUCAUGCGGCUGCCCAAAGAAGGCAGCGGCAGCAGCCAUAGUUCCAGACACGGCUACGGAGACCGGAUGGAAUCGACGUAUUUCAUGUUCGGACUCUCGGACUGGAGUAUAUCCCUGUUUCCGGACAACAGCGUGGCGGAGGCGGACGGCAGCGUGGAGAUCCAGCUCCAGCGGCACACCAGCUUCGAUCACCUGUGCUACGUCAGGUACCGGAUUAUCCUCGGCGACGAGGGCACCUUCGACUCGGGUGAUUUAGAACAAGUGUUGGACGCGUCUGGAAUCGGCGAGCCCUUCACCAUCGGGGCGUCGGUGCACCGGCUGUCCCGGGGGAGGUCGACGCUCAGGGUCAAGGUCGAGAUGAUCUCCGUGGUGUCGGUGAGCGAGGUGUACCUCAACGUGCUCACGCGCAACAGCAACCAGGCGCGCGCGCACUGCUACGACCGGGACAAGCAGGCAUGGAUGGUGGAGGCGGACACGACCGGAAAAUACCUGACCUUCCGGCUUUUUUACACGGAUAUUUCUCACGUGCCCCGGAAGUUCUCGCGUUACGUCGGGUGGAACAUUCGGAUGGUAUCCAAGGCAACGAACACGCGGCCGAAACGUACGCUGGACGGGCCGUACAGCAAGUACUACGUGCAACAGGAAGUGGACGAUGGGUGUGUCAUCAGGACGGACGUCUCGCUGGAGGAGCUCAAGGAGCCCGAAUGUCCCUUCCUGGAGCAAGAGGACCACAAGAUGACCAUCCACAUCGAGUGGAUGGACUCCCACCUGCUCGUCUGCCCCAACUACACAAAUAUCGAUGACGUCACGAGGCUACACAAACACCAGAUGUCGCGUGAAAUCUUGGCCCUGCAAGCAGAAAACUAUGCACUAGAGAAACAACUGUACAGCUACCAGCAAUCUCUGGCUAAGAACAACGCUAAGGAGCCGUCCAGUAGACACACCAGCCGUGCAAAUAGCUAUGAGGCGACCAAUAGGAUUUGAGAACACUUCCCAUGUUUGUCUAGUUACUGACAAGUGCAGAUAUCUC